UAAUUUUCGAAUAGUAGUAAAAGCGACGCGCGGGCGUAGAAGGUAUACACGGGUAUUGGUUUGUUGGGGGGAUCUUUAGUGCACGAUCAAAGGGGUUUCGUUUUUUGUCAUUGUAAAUAAAUUGAAAAUCAUUUUUCUUUCUGUCUACAAAAUUUAAAUCCGCGGCUGAAAGUGAUACAACCGAAACAGUUAGCAAUCUCUUCUUCGAAAUAUAAAUAAUUUUACAAUCAAAGCUCGAUGCGUUAUCUUAAUUACCGAACAGGAGAAAUCCAUUUAUUUUCUGGGCAGAUUUUUAAAGUUCGUGAUUCAUGAAUGCGCAUAUACUAUCUGAAUUGCCAAUCAAUGUGAAAAAAAACAGUCAAUUGUUUGAUUGAAAGUGUUGUUCGCAAGAGUGAUUCAAAUAUAGGUACACACAUCAUAUGAGACACAGCUUACGUAAAAUAGCAAGAGCGAUAAUAUUGCCAGCUAAAUAGCUCAUUGUAUCUUCAAGAUUACAGUAUUUUCUCAGGGCUUAUAUAUAUGAAUUCCCAUCACGGUGUUCGUUGACCAAUUAAUGAGUGAUAAUGUGAAUGAAUCACGAUUUCGAAAUACUAAUAAAAAAAACUCCCGCAAUAUGACUGUAUUUAUAGUAAAAGAUUAUGAUUCUACUUGCUAGCUCGCAGCCAUAAAAUUAUUUGUUCCGCCGCUAAAUAGUGCAAAUUUCGAGGCAAAUUUGAUAAAAGCAAAUAAAAAAAAGGAAAACUUUCCAAACAAAAAUCCAAAAUCAUGACUGAACUGUCGUAUUGGAAGUUAUUGACUCGACGGAAAACCAUUUCCGAUACCAGCCAACACCCUCUACCAAAAGCAAGCAAACGAAUCCAACUGCCGAACAUUGGCAUAAGCACUAGUUUUGGUAUCGGUAUUUUUGCGAUCAUUGGAUUUGUUGCGAGGAACGUGGCGGGACCAUCAGUUAUAGUUUGUAUAGGAGCGGCUGCACUGAUAUCGUUUUUAAGUGGAAUCUUUUACGCCGAACUAUCGUCUAGAAUAACAAGAAAUGCGACAACGUACACAUACAUUUACGUUUGCAUCGGUGAAUUGCAAGCUUUUAUCGUCGGCUGGACCCUGAUUCUCGAAUACAUCAUCGGAAUGGCUAUUGCUUCCGAUUCGAUUGGCUUGCAUGUGGAUACUCUCCUGAACGAUAUCAUUAAGAAUUCGUUCAAAGAAUUCGCACCGAUCCAUUGGAGUGCAUUGGCAACGUAUUUUGAUUUUGUCGCAUUUGCAAUACCGAUCUUUUUCGCAAUUAUCGUCAACAUUGGAUUAAAACGAUCGGAUUUUUUGAAUAAAAUAUUCUUUGUAAUCAGUGUGGCUGUGACGUCGUUUAUCGUUAUCGCCGGUGCAUUUAGAGCUGAACCAGGCAAUUGGUAUACAAUACCGCCGCUACUCGAACCGGUCGGAUUCGCUCCGUUCGGAUAUUUUGGAAUUGUCAAGGGAAUAGCGGUGUGUGUGUUCAUAUUUGUUGGAUUCGAUGUGGCUGGAACGGGUACCAAAUGGAAAUCACUCCACGGUCUGCUUGCGUUCAUAUUUGGUACUGCGGCAUUGAUUGGUAUCGGGACUGUUGUGACGUUGGCUCAACCGUUUUAUUUGUUAAAUGAGCAUGCACAACUACCUCAAAUAUUCAACAUACCAUCAUGGUACACUGCAUACUACAUUAUUGCCAUCGGCGGAAUUAUUGUUCUAUUUGCGAGCAUGUGCGGGCUGAUGUUUUCCAUGCAAAUUACCGUGAUGGCUAUGGCCAAGGAUUCCCUACUACCGAAAUCGUUUGACGGCGAUAAACCAGUAAUUGAGAUAUUGGGCGCUUGUUUAAUAGCCGGUCUGUUAGCUGGCCUAUUCCGAAUGGCACAUUUGAUUGACAUGUUGUCCAUUGGCAUUAUGUUCGGUUUUAUGGCAAUGGCCUUUGCUGUGGUGAUGUUUAGAUAUUCCAACGAAUACGAAUACGGUUCCGUUUCGACAAUUGAUGUUGCUGACUCAAACAAUUUACCAGACAAAGAGGAAAAGCCGGUGACUGUUGUACAAAUUGCGAAGCAACUAUUCAACGGUAAAAACCAGAAAAAACCGACCAAUGCAUCGUACGCUGUUGUGAAAAUUUUGCUUGUUGGCUUAGGAUUGGUGAGCUUAGGACUUGCAUGGCUGGCAAAUUUUGCUUAUCUGAACAUUUACGGUUCGGAAGUGUGGGCUAUUACGGUGACUGUCGUACUGGUGGCACUUUUAAUUAUCAUAAUUUUUCUAAUUUCAUUGCAACCGAUGAGAAAACUAAAUGCAAUUUUUAUGGUGCCUUUUGUUCCGCUAUCACCAGCAAUUAGUAUCGUUGUGAACAUUUAUUUGAUGAUGAGUUUACAUUACUAUGCCUGGAUACGAUUCGGUAUUUGGAUUAUUUUCGGUCUUAUCAUCUAUUUCAUUUGCAUAGUAAAGUACAAUCGUCGAACGAACAUCAUCGACAUAAAAUCCGACACAUUUACAAAGAAUGGCUACAAGAAUCACGGAUUCAUUGGCGAUAUCGAACGGCGUCCGAGUCUUAGCUUCAACUCACAGUCACAAAUGACAUACAAAUCGGAUGACCUGACGGAAACAGAGAACGAAAAUGUCUACCAAUCGAAAAUCAAUGCCUUCGAAUUGGAACGGGAGAUUCCGAUCAGUCCGAAAUCCGUUAAAAACGCCAAAGCACCCAUCCCAGUGUCGUUCAAAGCGAAUAAUCAAUCACAAACGGAAGCAUCAACGUCCUCGGUGACAAAGUCGCGGACACCAUCGCCCAGUGGCAAAACGUUGGAUGAGAUUGUGUUGAUGUCGGAUGUGAUUGACACAUUGACUGAAAUGAAAGAACCGAAUGGUAAAACGUACUUUGUGGAUGAGAUUCGACCAUCUGUUGUGGAUACUCUGGAGGAAAGCGAUCAAAAAACGGCAAUUGAAUACCUGGAUGAUGUGCUCAAAAAAGAAGAGGUGAGCGACGACAACAUCAAUCCAAAUGUGGAAGAAAAUGGAAUUUCCACUUCGGUUAUUGCGCUGGUGCAUCUUAAUCGAGCAGUCGACGAACCAUCUCCUAUUGUGAUCCCGGGAAAGGAAUUCAGUUAUGGAGAGCAAACCAUUACCGACACAAUUUUAGAAAAGACGAAAGUGUUGGCAGGAGCUGACUCGGAGGAAAAGGAACUGGUUUCAGAACCACUAACCGUAAAUACCGAAGGAGAUGCAGACCAUAAAGAGCCAACAACAACCUCAGAUACAAUUACGAAAGACGCAGGCACCGAUACUGACUUGAAAGAAACUGAAUUAGUUGUCGUACCACUGUCAUUGAUCACAGAAAAAGAUUUGCAAGAAUUGGGGGAGUCAGCAACCAGUAUGGUUGUAGACGGGGCAAAAUUGUUUGAAGAAGUGAAAACUGAAUUAAAAGUGCUUGAGCCGGAAGCAGAAAGUCUGGACGAUUCAGAAUCAUCACCGAAUGGUGCAGCUCCAGUUGUUGUUUCGAAGCCAAUUGAAGAGGCAAUGUCGGACAGCAAAGUAACAAAUUCUCAAAUUAUCACUCCAGAAGUAGAUGGACAUCAUUUUACGGAAAUAAAAGGAAAAUCGACGACUGACCAUGCAAAUGGCACGAACAAUUCGGAUUCCGAACAGCCGAUGACAUUCAAAGAACGUCUUGCAAUGCUUUUAGGUCAACAGCCCGUAGCAGAAGUACGUCGGGUAUCACCGAGACAAAACGAAAGCCUCCCACAAAUCACAUCAGACUCUAAACUUAAGCAUUCAAAGAGCGAGACGGACAUUUUCAAUUCAAUGCAAGGGGUUUUCAAGGACAUUCGAUCCAAAUACGAACCCAUUGAGUCAGAUGCCACAAAUAAACCACUACCGAUGACUGUUACUGACGAUAUUCCGAUUGACGAUUGUAAUUCAAGCGUUCCGGUACCGCCAAAGUUCGACCCAUUCAUAUACAAGACGAUUGGCUCACGACAUAAUGCUCGGAUGGCGCUGAAAAUUGGCGAUGAAAGUGACAGUCCAAACAGUCAUAAAACGCCAAUGACAGCGCCCAUUAUCAUGGAUAAUGAGCACAAUGACGUUGUGCUUCGCAAAAAGAGUGUAGACAACGACGACCAGGAGCGAAUGAUUUCGAUUAAGGACAGAUUGGAAAAUAUAUUCAAACGAGGACCGCCCGAUCGUUACAGCAGACCAAAAUCAAUUGCCCUAUCGGACGAUGUACCGGUUAAGGUUACGCCCACUAAAGUCGAUAACGACAAAAUUGAAGAAUCCGAAACCGAAACCGAGGAGGUAGUUCAUUUCAAAGAAGCAAAACGACCAUUCGAUACGGUACAUAAGCAGAAAGUUUUAUUCAACGAUGUGCUGAAAUCGAUUGGUGCUGAGACGAGACCGAGUGUUAUAAGAGCUAAUUCAAUGACGAAACAGCGUCGAAAACCUGAGACAAUUGAAGAUGCUAGGAAUGCUCUGAAACGAGUUAGUGCCAAUUCGAAGAAACAUUUCAAUUGAAUUGUUCCAUUAGUUUGAAUAAAAUGUAUUUAUUCCGCUUAA